AUUGAUCAACGUGGGGUGACUUUUUAAAAGGGUGGUGGGGAAAUAAUUCUUUUCGGUAGCGUGGUUGCAUAGUGGGAGUGGCCAGAAUUGUAGAAGGGAGGAGGAGGGGGGUGAUCUAGCGCGGUAAGAGGUGCAGAAUCGCUGUAGUGGGAUAGAGAGGGAGGGAGAGAGAGAGAGAGAGAGAAGCCGCGAAAGCGUGAGAGGGUAGUGUGUGCUACAGUCGCACCGCGACACCCUUACCGAGUGAGACCGCGCGCGCUUUAGGUGCUUUUAGACACCAGAAUUUCGCGAACAGUGCUAUGCUUUUAAGGCAACUUCAACUGUCGCUCUGAAAAAAAAAAAAAAAAUUUCCAAAGAGAGAAGCUUUUCUUUCAUACACACACACACACACACCAACAUCAUUUUGUCUGGGAUAUCGUUAAUCGGAAAUCGUUAAAGAACGUGAGUGAAGUCAAAAAAAGAAAAGAAGAGAAAAAAGAGAAGAAGAGUGUUGGAAAGACGAAUGGCUGGAGACACGUGAGUCCGAGAGGAAGAGAGAGAGAGAGAGAGAGGAAGUGGUUUAGAAGCGCACCGAGAAAAAGAGUCCAAAAAAAAGAAGAAGAAGGCACAAGAGUUAAAACCGGAUGACAAAUUUUCCCUCAACGUGGUAUCAAAUUCUGAAUUUGAAACAAGAAGAUUGCUGACUGGAGUUUCAAAGUCUCAUGGCAGCGCAUAAACUUGUAGCACUUCUUGCAGCGAUACUACAACUUUGCCUAUGCCAAAUCACCCCAGCAGUAAUGCCCCAAUUUUUAUUUCCCCUGGAAAAUCACACAGUAAUUCAAGGACGCGAUAUCUCUUUUACUUGUGUUGUAGAACAUCUCCAAGGUUUCAAGGUAGCUUGGAUAAAAUCCGAUUCACGGGCUAUCCUGGCAAUACACACGCAUAUGGUUGCGCAAAAUCCACGACUAUCAGUGACGCACAAUGGUCAUAACACAUGGAAGCUGCACGUAUCAAAUGUCAACCAAAACGAUUCUGGCACUUAUAUGUGUCAAGUAAACACUGAACCGAUGCUCAGUCAGAUGGGUUACGUGAAUGUAGUGAUUCCACCCGAUAUAAUGGACGAUCGUUCAUCGGAUGGUAUGGUAGCACGGGAAGGUGGAAAUAUCAGACUGAAAUGCGUAGCAACAGGUACACCUGAACCCACAGUCACUUGGAAACGAGAAGAUGGUCGUUCUAUAUCGAUUCGUGAAAAUGGAUCAAAAAAGGUCAUUGGCUUCACAAAAUACGAAGGAGAAAUUCUCGAAUUAUCAGGAGUUACUAGACAAGAAAUGGGAAACUAUCUCUGCAUAGCUAGCAAUGGCGUACCACCUUCGGUCAGCAAACGUUAUUCAGUUCAGGUUCAAUUUCAACCAGUUAUCAAAGUUACAAAUCAACUUGUCGCAGCUCCUAUAAAUAGUGACGUAGUAGUUCAAUGUCACGUGGAAGCUUUUCCACAAACUAUGAACACAUGGUACAGAAACAUGACAGGUGAAAAAUUACUUCCGAGCGAUAAGUACACGAUGACGGAGCACGCUCUGACCGACUAUUCUUGGCAAAUGAACCUGACAGUUCACAACUUAGAGAAAAAAGACUUUGGAGGGUACAUCUGUUCUUCUGUCAACGCUCUUGGUACCGCUGAAGGCAUUGUUCGACUUCAAGAAUUGCAUUUGAUGCCGAAAACAACGCCAAUAACAGUACAAAAACACGUGGAAUUAAAACCAAAGAAGAAACCAUCAAAUCGAGGCAAGACUAGAAAGACAAAUCGUUAUUCACAUCAUAAUGGUGAAUAUGAAGAAUUCGAAUCAGGACUAGGCAACGAUGAUAAUUUUGGAACAACACAAAUUAUGGCUGGUAGUACACAGGAGGGUCAAAGAACAGAGAGACCUUUGAUAGCGCCUUCCAUGUCACCACCUUGGGUUAUCAUGAACACAGCAAACAAUAGACAAACUUUCUUAUCGCAAUUUUUGUUUCUUAUUUUACUUCACAUGAUGACGCUUUAAAAUUUAUAGAAAAGCAAAUUUCCAAACAAAAAUUAUAUACCAAAGAAUAAAAAAGAGAAAACAAACACACUGGAAUUUUUGUGUCAAACGGAAUUUCAAAUUGCAUAUUUAUGAAUAUAUAUAGAAAAUAAUGUAAUUAUGAAACCUCGCAUAUGAUACAAAAUCCCUAAUAUAAUAGGUUUCAUCGCAUGUAAAUAUCGUCGGAUCGAAAAUUAUAUCUAGAAAUUAAGGGAGAAAAAAAAAUUGUUACAUAAAUCGUUGAAGCGUGUAUAAAUGCGCCCUGCUAGAAUUACGAUUAGAAUUUGCGCGAUCAGGGAUUACUGUCAUGUAAUUAUUGAAUAGAAAUUGGAUAGUAAUUAUUGAGAAUGAAAGAAAGAGAAAAAUAUGAUUCCGAAUCAAAGAAGUCUUCCUUUAUGUUGAGAUAUUGAAAUCAGUCAUAAAAGAGCAGA